UUCAACCGUUUCUCAACAGACUUAUUAUAUGAAAAUUCAAUCAAAACUGCAAACUUUAGAAGAGAAAGCUAAAGAGGCUGAGAGAACAGCUGAACUGGCUGAGGCUGAUGCUAGGGAAAAGGAUAAAGAACUUAUUGAGGCUCUAAAGCGGUUAAAAGUUUAUGAAUCAGGAGUGUAUGGUUUAGAAGAUGCUGUUGUUGAAAUAAAGAAUUAUAAAAAUCAAAUUAAAAUAAGAGAUCAAGAGAUUGAAGUGUUGACAAAGGAAAUCAAUAAGCUGGAGUUGAAGAUCAAUGAUUUCCUUGAUGAAAAUGAGGCACUUAGAGAACGUGCAGGCCUUGAAGUGAAGACAAUGAUUGAUUUAACUGAAUUUAGAAAUAGCAAAAGCUUGAAACAGCAGCAGUACAGAGCUGAAAACCAGAUUCUUUUGAAAGAGAUUGAAAGUCUAGAGGAAGAACGGCUUGAUCUGAAAAAAAAAAUUCGCCAGAUGGCUCAAGAAACAGGAAAAAGAGCUGCAACUUUAGGAUUGGUUGAGGACCUGAACCCAGCUGACAACUUUUCUCAGGAGAAUAGAACAGGAGAAAGAAAAUUUGAUUUUGUGAGCCUCAGAAAUAUUAGUGAAGCUCAAUCAAAGAAUGAAGUCAUAGCACAGGAUUUAUUGAUCAAAGAAGCACAGAAUAGAAGUGCAGAAAUAGAACUUGAACGACGUAGAAGCCAGGCAGAACAGAAUGAAUUUCUUUCAAGAGAACUAAUUGAAAAGGAAAGAGAUUUAGAAAGAAGUAGAAUUGUAAUAGCCAAGUUUCAGAAUAAAUUAAGAGAAUUAGUUGAAGAAAAUAAGCAACUUGAAGAAGGUAUGAAGGAAAUUUUACAAGCUAUUAAAGAAAUGCAGAAAGAUCCUGAUGUUAAAGGAGGAGAAACAUCUCUAAUUAUCCCUAGUCUUGAAAGACUAGUUAAUGCUAUAGAAUCAAAGAAUGCAGAAGGAAUCUUUGAUGCCAGUCUUCAUUUGAAAGCCCAAGUUGAUCAACUUACUGGAAGGAAUGAAGAAUUAAGACAAGAGCUCAGAGAAGCUCGGAAGGAGGCUAUAAAUUUUUCACAGCAGUUAGCUAAAGCAAAUUUAAAGAUAGAUCAUCUUGACAAAGAGACCAAUCUUUUACGACAAUCAGAAGGAUCAAAUGUUGUUUUCAAAGGAGUAGACUUACCUGAUGGGAUAGCACCAUCUAGUGCCAAUAUCAUUAAUUCUCAGAAUGAAUAUUUAGUAUAUCUCUUACAGGAAAUAGAAAAUAAAGAAAAGAAGUUAAAGAACUUAGAAGAUUCUCUUGAAGACUAUAACAGAAAAUUCGCAGUAAUUCGUCACCAGCAAAGCUUAUUAUAUAAAGAGUAUCUAAGUGAAAAGGAGACCUGGAAAACAGAGUCUGAAACAAUGAAACAGGAAAAGAAAAAACUUGAAGAUCAAAUCCAACAAGAUGCUGUAAAAGUAAAAGAAUAUAAUAAUUUGCUCAAUUCUCUUCAGGUGGAUUCAGAUGAAAUGAAAAAAAUACUUUCAGAAAAUAGUAGAAAAAUCACUGUCUUGCAAGUGAAUGAAAAGUCACUCAUAAGGCAGUAUACAACUUUAGUAGAAAUGGAGCGACAACUUAGAAAAGAAAAUGGGAAACAAAAGAGUGAAUUGAUAUCAAUGGAAGCAGAAGUUUGUGAAAAAAUUGGAUGCUUGCAAAGGUUUAAGGAAAUGGCCAUUUUCAAGAUUGCAGCUCUCCAAAAAGUUUUAGAUAAUAGUGUCUCUCUGUCUGAACUAGAAUUGGCCAAUAAACAAUACAAUGAACUGACAGCUAAGUACAGGAACCUAUUACAAAAAGAUAAUAUGCUUGUUCAGAGAACAACUAACUUGGAACAGUUAGAGUGUGAAAAUGCAUCCUUGAAAGAACAAAUGGAGUCUAUAAAUAAAGAACUGGAGAUUACCAAGGAAAAACUUCACACUAUUGAACAAGCUUGGGAACAAGAAACUAAAUUAGGAAAUGAAUCUAACAUGGACAAGACCAAGAAAUCAGUAACCAACAGUGAAAUUGUUUCUAUUUCAAAAAAAAUCACCAUGCUGGAAAUGAAGGAAUUAAAUGAAAGACAGCGGGCUGAACAUUCUCAAAAAAUGUAUGAACACUUAAGGACUUCAUUAAAACAAAUCGAAGAACGUAAUUUAGAAUUGGAAACCAAAUUUGCUGAGCUUACUAAAAUCAAUUUGGAUGCACAGAAAGUGGAACAGAUGUUAAGAGAUGAAUUAGCUGAGAGUGUGAGCAAAGCAGUAAGUGAUGCCGAUAGACAACGGAUUCUAGAAUUAGAGAAGAAUGAAAUGGAGCUAAAAGUUGAAGUGUCAAAACUAAGAGAGAUUUCUGAUAUUGCCAAAAGACAAGUUGAAAUUCUGAAUACACAGCAACAGUCCAAGGAAAAGGAAGUAGAGUCCCUCAGAAUGCAACUGUUAAACUAUCAGGCACAGUCUGAUGAAAAGGCACUAAUUGCCAAGUUUCACCAACAAAUUGUCUCCCUCCAAAUUAGUGAGGCUGCUUCUCUUGGUAAGUUGGAGUCAGUUACAUCUAAACUGCAGAAGAUGGAGGCUUAUAAUUUGCGCUUAGAGCAAAAACUUGAUGAAAAAGAACAGAUUCUCUAUUAUGCUCGCUUGGAGGGGAGAAACAGAGCAAAACAUCUGCGCCAAACAAUUCAAUCUCUACGACGACAGUUUAGUGGAGCUUUACCCUUGGCGCAACAGGAAAAGUUCUCUAAAACAAUGAUUCAGCUACAAAAUGACAAACUUAAGAUAAUGCAAGAAAUGAAAAAUUCUCAAAAUGAACACAGAAAUAUGGAGAACAAAACAUUGGAGAUGGAAUUAAAGUUAAAGGGCCUAGAAGAGUUAAUAAGCACUUUAAAGGAUUCCAGGGGGGCCCAGAAGGUAAUCAGUUGGCAUAUGAAAAUAGAAGAACUUCGUCUACAAGAGCUUAAACUAAAUCGAGAAUUAGUCAAGGACAAAGAAGAAAUAAAAUAUUUGAAUAACAUGAUUUCUGAAUAUGAGCAUACAAUCAGUAGUCUAGAGGAAGAAAUUGUGCAACAGAACAAGUUUCAUGAAGAAAGACAAAUCGCCUGGGACCAAAGAGAAGUAGAGCUGGAACGUCAGUUAGACAUCUUUGACCGUCAACAAAAUGAAAUACUAAAUGCAGCACAAAAGUUUGAAGAGGCUACAGGAUCAAUGCCAGACCCUAGUUUGCCCCUUCCAAAUCAACUUGAGAUUGCUCUGAGAAAAAUUAAGGAGAAUGUUCGAAUAAUCGUAGAAACGCGGGCAACUUGCAAAUCAUUAGAGGAGAAGCUAAAAGAAAAAGAAUCUGCUUUAUCAUUAGCAGAGCAAAAUAUUCUUUCAAGAGACAAGGUAAUCAAUGAAUUGAGGCUUCGAUUGCCCGCUACAGCAGAACGAGAAAAGCUUGUUGCUGAGCUAGGCAGAAAAGAGAUGGAACCACAGUCUCAUCACACAUUGAAAAUUGCUCAGCAAACCAUUGCCAACAUGCAAGCAAGGUUAAAUCAAAAGGAGGAAAUGUUAAAGAAAUAUCAGCAUCUCCUGGAAAAAGCCAGAGAGGAGCAAAGAGAAAUUGUUAAGAAACAUGAGGAAGACCUUCAUAUUCUUCAUCAUAAAUUAGAACUACAGGCUGAUAGUUCACUCAAUAAGUUCAAACAAACAGCUUGGGAUUUAAUGAAACAGCCUCCUACUCCAGUUCCUACCAGUAAGCAUUUUAUUCGUCUGGCUGAGAUGGAACAGACAGUAGCAGAACAGGAUGACUCUCUCUCUUCACUUUUGAUCAAACUGAAGAAAGUAUCACAAGAUCUAGAGAAGCAAAAAGAAAUCACUGCAUUAAAAAUCAAAGAAUUUGAAAAUAUCAAAUUAAAGUAAGUCUUAGAAAAGUAUUGUUGUAAAAAUAGACAAAUGGGAAUGAUGAUAUAAUACAGAUUAAUGUAAGCAUUUCCUGUGCCAGGCACUAUUCUAAGCAUUUUAUGUAUAUUACUUCAUUUUAUCCUCAUGACAACUUGUGACAUAGAUUAUUAUAUUUCUGUUUUCCUCAUUUUUCACAUAGAAAGUUGGGCUACAAAAGGCUUAGUAACUUGUCCAGGAGGAGGUAGGAGAACCACAUUUGAAUCUAGUCAGUCUGACUGAAGAGCAGACCAGUUUUUGUCCUGAAUCUGAUUCUUAAACCCUUUAAGUUUCAGUUUUCUCAUAGAUAAGGUAGAAAUAACAGUACUUCCCCUGGCUCUUUCAGGGUGGAUAUGUGAAGACUAAAUGGUACUGCCUAUGAACAUAAUUUGAAAAUUUGUAAAGUAACAUUUAAAUAUAAAACUUUUAUUUAUUGCUAUCCUCAUACACUGUAACAAUACCUGGCGCAUAAUAGAUGCACAGUAAAUAUUUGUUAAUGAAAACUUAGCUAUAUUUUUUGUUAUUAACCAUAGUGACUGUUGAUUACGCAACAGCAUUCUUUAUAUUAAAGAGUGUAAAUGUUGCUCAACCAGAGUAUCAGAACAUAGAUCUUAAACCCAAACUAGAUUUGUAAUUACUCAUUUUUUAAUCAUUAUAGAACUAUCUUUUUGGUCCUCAAUUUUUUUAGGUGAAAAAUGAGAAAGCUGAGCUACUUAACCUAUAAUAUCCGUCCCAACUCUGUAGCCCUUAUUAUUCCUUUGAUUCUUUUCUUACUCCAAGAUACUUUUGACAAAAGUAACACUAUUUUUACUUUAUUAAGUGUAUGCUACUUUUAAAAAGUUAGUCUCUAAAAUAAAACUGGUUUAGCAAUAACAUGUUAUAAUU